GUCACAAUGGGAUCUAUGGUAAUGAACAAGCAGAUAGAUUAGCAUAUCUAGGUUCCAAAAAAACACAUGUAAAAGAAUUUAAUUUUCCUGAACUUUUACACGAUUUAUCGACGAUGUGGGAGGCGAUGACCAACGACGUUUGGUCAUCAAUUGGGGGACCCGCAUCACAGAUUAAUCAAUGUAGAACUACAGAAGCACUCAAACAUGCGCAUAAUUCACAACCACAUCAUAAGCAAUUGCGAGAACAGUAG